UGUUUUUUUGCACUCGGUUUAAUGCCUUGCCAACACAUAGGGGGAUGUUGAACCGAUGGAGAUGUAGCAAACAGCAAAGGAUCGAAUGACAGGCUGACGUGGGACAGGAGUUACACUACUUAAAAUGUUUCAAGCCAGCAUCGCUCAGAGUUGGGGAAGUUAGCACAGGUCUCCCGUUAUUGUGUGUGAAACAUGGGUUGCUGCAUGCAGGAUAACUACACCCCCCUUUUUAAUGAUGCGUUUGAGGUGAUCCACCAUCAGCAACACCAGCAGCCCUCAUCCCAGUUCAGACAGGACGCUGGACUCCAAUACCUACCAAGUCCAUCAUUCACGAUGUACAGCUUCCAGCACUAUCCAGAGACCGGUCCUGGCCCUUACUGCCCCCUGAAUGGACAGUCCCAACAUUUCCAGGAUGCUAUGGAUAUUAACCUUGACAACAACAAGCUCGCACACAACAAUGGCUCCCAGUUUCCAAGUUAUUUUCCAGACAAUCACUUUCAAGAUUUGUUUAUCCCGAGGCAAGGAAAAGGCAGGAGGAGACUCCGUCUUUAUGAAUUCCUGAGUGAGUCUCUCCAUGAUUCCGAGAUGUCCGACUGCAUUCAGUGGGUGGACAGAAAGAGUGGUGUGUUCCAGUUCGUCUCCAAGAACAAGGAGAAAGUGGCGGAGAUGUGGGGCAGGAGAAAGGGCAACCGGAAAACCAUGACCUACCAGAAAAUGGCUCGGGCUCUGAGAAACUACAGCCGGACAGGCGAGAUUGUGAAAGUGCGCAGAAAGUUAACAUACCAGUUCGAUGCCCAGGUGCUGCAGAGAUUGGGAAACUGUUCAAAUUCUCAUUAUCCCCACAGUGAACAUGAACACUGCACUCGCGAUCACUGGCACUUCAGUUACAAUUACAAUGACCUUUUCCAUGAGAACUCCAUCUGAAGAGUGUUGGUUUCCACCAACUCAAUGCUCUUUAUAACAAAAUAUUGCAAAUUGUUUUUCAGAAGGGCACGCCCUACCUUGAAAAAACCCCAAUAUUCUAAAUCUUGUAAAUAUCUUUAAGCGUGUAUGUGUGUGUGUGCGUAAGAUGUUUUAGCCCAGUCCAGUGUCAUGUACUAAACAAACCAGAAUAAAUGUUGUCUUUUGUCUA